AUAGAGAGACACACAUCAGAGACUAGUGAGAAAGCAGAGAAUGGAGAGAGCCACGCCUGUACGGAAGCCUCACACUUCUACUUCAGAUCUGCUCACCUGGUCGGAGGCUCCGCCGGUUUCCGCCUCCGUCUCCGCCGCGGCUAAUCGCCCCGCACCUCGUACAAGCCAGCCGUCGGAUAGAAUCGGAAAGGUUCUGUUUGGAGGUCAGAUCUCCGAAGAAGAAGCUGAGAGCCUUAACAAAAGGAAACCUUGUUCAGGCUACAAAUUGAAGGAGAUGACCGGCAGCCAAAUAUUUUCGGCAAAUGGAGAAGAUGAUGCUCUCGAAUCUGGAAACUCUGACGGUAACUUUAACAAUCGGACAUCAGUUCGUAUUGUGCAGCAAACUGCCCACGGCUUAAGUCAGAUUUCGUUCAGCACCGAAGAGAAAAUUUCACCCAAGAAACCGACCACACUGACUGAGGUUGCCAAACAGCGUGAGCUGAGUGGUACAUUGGACAGUGAGGCUGAGAGCAGAAACAAGAAGCAGCUUUCAAACGCUAAAACUAAGGAGCUCAGUGGGAAUGACAUCUUUGGCCCUCCAUCCGAAGUUCCUCGUCGUUCAUUGGCUGCUGCACGCACCAUGGAAGUGAAGGAGAGCAAAGAUUCUGAUGAACCUGCACCCCGAGCUUUGCGCACUUCUGUGAAAGUAUCCAAUCCUGCUGGAGGUCAAAGCAACAUCCUAUUUGGCGAGGAACCGGAGGUAAUGACAACGAAAAAGAUUCACAACCAGAAGUUUGCAGAGCUGAGUGGCAACAACAUCUUCAAGGGGGAAGCUCCACCGGGAUCUGCUGAGAAGCCACUGAGUGUUGCAAAGUUGAAAGAAAUGAGCGGAAAUGAUAUAUUUGCUGAUGGAAAGGUUCAAUCACGGGAUUACUUUGGUGGAGUACGCAAACCACCCGGUGGCGAGAGCAGCAUUGCUUUGGUUUAGGCCAAGGUAACUUUUCUUAACUUCCUACUUGAGCUAUAUUUUCCUUGGUUUCAUCAUGACCUUAGUCGAGCUAUAGGAUCGAGUAGAAAAUAUGGCGAUCUAGUAAACAUUUCUGGCUUAGGAUUAUGAUUAUGAUUAUGAUUAUGAUUAUGAUUAUGACUGAUUAUGGUUACUUGUUUUCUAAUUUGGAUGACUGGUUGGAGACUUUAGCCUUAUUCAGCUAUUUAUUUUAUUUAAUUCA